CUCAACAUGGCUACUAAUCCAACUAAUUCAUCAUUAGCUGAAGUUGUAAAACAAGUGGCUGAUCAACAGAAUACUCAAGCCUCUGAAAUACAAAGAAGUCAAACUACUCUUCAGUGGCUGCAGACUAAACUUCAGGAAUUUGAGAUGCAAAUGAAUUGUGUUGUAUCCGAAAGAAAGGCAACAGAAAGGCAAAUUUAUUAUCAAGACGAAGCCAUAGCAAGUACAAAACAUAAUUGUGAAAAACUGGAGGCUGAGAUUACUGCUCUGAGUGCUGAGAAUAUAAAGCUGAAAUUUGACACAGAAACACUACAAGAAGAGUUUCAAAUUAUGCUUCUAAGAAACAAUGCCUACUACCAGAAAAUAACUGCCCACAAAGACUACUUUGACAAGAUGGAAAGCAAAUUACCACUCAUGAUUGAGCUCACUAAAAAAAGAUCCACUGUCAAAGAGAUGAUAGCACACAGAGAGGUGCUAAUGUCUGCUCUUCAGUAUCCAGAUGUGCAUACUAGUCCAAUUCAGGAUGAAAUGAUUUCUUUGAAAGAGGACAUUAAUGUAAUGAAGGAAGCUAUCAGUGAAAAAGAAAAUGAACUUCAAGAUGAAAAGAAUGUGCAUGCAAGGCUCCGAAAAGAAAUCGAGGUUCAGAAUAAAAGAUAUGAAGCUAUACUAAAACGUCUGCAUUGUCAAGUGAAUAAACUUCAAUCCAAAAGAAGGCAGUGGCAGUGGAAUAUUCAGCAAAUGGAAGAAAAAGCAGCAGAACUAAGAAAGCUCCUUGGAACAACAGAUUAAGGGGUUAUUAUUUAUUCACCACUAAUAGAAAUUAAAAUACUAUGUAUUAUUCAAUGUCUAAAUCUUUUAUUUCCAAUGUUAUAAUAUUUUCAGUUACAAUCAUAAUAUAGAAAAA